GGUAUUCCAGGGCCAGAUCAUGACCCAAAAUGACAUCCUCCUCCUGGAAAAGAGGAAGCUUCUAGAGCAAGUCACAAAUCAAGAAGAACUGAUUUGCAGCAACAAGUCCACAAUCUCUGCAAUCCAGAGCAAGGCAGUUUUACUGGAUAAAGAAAACCAGCAGUUACAGGAAAACUGCCUCCGGCUCAUGCAGCAGAUAGGCCUCUUGGAGCGCAUCAUAAGGAGCAUCCAGAUUCGAAGAGCAGAGGAAGCAAUCAUCAGUGACAAUGCUGCAUUUGAAAUACUAAAAAAGAUACUACCUUUACAAAACUCCAGUUUCUCAGGAACAGGUCUGGUAUUGUCAGUUGAAAAUCUCCAGGAGACUGAGCUGUAUAAGUCGGAAGGAGCCACAGCACCCCCCCAAGUCCCCUGAACCUCUUUCAUGUUCACAGACUUCAGAACAUGGAUACAUAAAUGUGACUUCUCUAA